UGCAGCACCGAGCCGGGCUAGCCGGGGGACGGCGGGGACGCCGCGAGGAGUCGCGCGCACAGCUCUGGCAGCUGCGGGCUUUGGUCACAGGUGGGCGGCGGCGGAGAGGGUGCGGUGGAGACGGGAGCCGGAGUCCCCGAGACUCCAGCCUUUACGCCGGGAACCCCGUGGAGCAGAGGUCAGGAAGCGGGUACGCGCCUGCGGAGGAGCCGACCUUUUUCCUCUCCGCCUCGGCCUCUUUGGCUGCAGCUGCACCUCAGCCCCGGAGCGCAGGCGUUGGCGGUUAAUCAGAGGCAGGCGUGGAUAUGUUUACAAGAUGUGAGUUGUGUUCUUUCCACCUUUACCUUCUGAGGGCUUCUUAUGCCUCAUGGUGACAGGUGUAAAUCAUGACACACAAGGGCACCAUGAAGCCGGUGAAGAAAAACAAAGCGGAAGAACCUGAAUUGGAGCCCCUGUGCUGCUGCGAGUACAUAGAUCGAAAUGGGGAAAAGAACCACGUGGCAGCUUGUUUGUGUGAUUGCCAAGAUCUGGAUGAAGGGUGUGACAGAUGGAUCACGUGUAAGUCCGUGCAGCCAGAGACCUGUGAGAGAAUCAUGGAUACGAUCUCUGACCGCCUCCGGAUUCCUUGGCUUAGGGGAGCCAAAAAAGUUAACAUUAGCAUCCUUCCCCCACUCUUCCUGCUGCCUGUCUUCCUCCGCGUGGCUUCGUGGCAUUUCCUCCUGGGGGUGGUGGUUUUGACCUCCCUCCCUGUGCUAGCUCUGUGGUACUACUACCUCACUCACAGAAGGAAAGAACAGACUCUCUUUUUCCUGAGCCUCGGACUGUUCUCUCUGGGCUACAUGUACUACGUGUUCCUGCAGGAAGUGGUCCCUAAGGGGCGUGUGCGGCCCACUCAGCUGGCUCUUCUUACCUGCGGGUUAUUUCUGAUACUCUUAGCCUUGUACAGAGCCAAGAAGAAUCCAGGCUACCUCAGAAAGUCGGCGAGCAAUGACAGAUCUCUAAACGGGAGCCAAAUCGAAAGCCUAAACAGAAAAGGGUUCCCCGGCGCAGAUCCGUCAGGCAGUCUCAACAACCGCACGUCCAAGGAUGAGCCCAAGGGCUCCUGGGCAUCCUCCGGAAGCCCCGCCAAGGCGAGGGAGGACUGGUGCGCCAAGUGCCAGCUGGUGAGGCCAGCCCGGGCAUGGCACUGCCGGAUCUGCGGCAUCUGUGUGAGGAGGAUGGAUCAUCACUGUGUCUGGAUAAAUAGCUGUGUCGGAGAAUCGAAUCAUCAAGCAUUUAUACUUGCCCUUUCCAUCUUCCUGCUCACCUCCGUGUAUGGGAUAACGCUGACCUUGGACACCAUUUGUAGAGAUAGAAGUGUCUUCACAGCUCUCUUCUAUUGCCCUGGAGUUUAUGCAGAUAACAGCUCAGCUCUGUGCUUCACGUGUGUGUGGUACUCGGUGAUCAUCACGGCGGGCUUGGCCUACAUCUUCCUGAUCCAACUGAUAAACAUCAGCUACAAUGUGACCGAGAGGGAAGUGCAGCAGGCCCUUCGGCAGAAGACGGGGCGCCGGCUGCUCUGCGGGCUCAUUGUGGACACAGGCCAGUACAACAGGGGCUUCCUGCGGAAUUGGCACCAGUUCUCCACCCUGGGCUCCCACCCCUUCCACCACCCCGCUGAGGACAUUGUCUGAAGUGCCUUCUGUACGGCUCCGGGGAGGAGGGGGGCUCCUCCUGCUCCCUUGCAUCGUACACUUUAGUACAUGCAGGACGCUCAUGUUUAUCCUCCGUUUCUUAAAGGCAUUAUAGGGCCAUGCUCAGGUUUAGGCACUGGACUGGGAAGAAAAAUUUUCUGACUUCACAACUUAAAGAGAUUUUUAUAUCAAAGCAGUGAAAGAAGAGCCAUUCCUUUCCAGUCACCUUGUUAACUAACUCAAUCACCAGAAGUUGAAAAGGAUGUGGAUUGCUAAUGUACAGAUGGAUAGAAGCAAUUCCCAUCCAUUAGUAUGGGAGAAAGAGUUUUGGAUUAGGAUAGUGUCUAGUCCCUCUUUCAGUUCCUAAUAGCCAUGUGACCCUUAGUUGUCAUGUCUCGAGUCUCAGGUUCAUCUGAGUGGGGUACUGGUGCCUGCCCUGGCUACCUCACAGAGUGUGAGCGUGUGUGUGUGUGUGGGGGGGGGGGGUCAUGUGAUGAUCAUGUGAGGGCUGAGGUGUGUGUAGAAAGCACUGAAAGACAACUGAAGCACCAGAGAGGCAUUAGUAUUUUUAGGAGAAUCCUAAGACUGGAAAAAAAUGUUUGUAGGUCAGAAUAUUGAAGCCAGUAGUAUUACAGUAAUCCCUUUUCAGAAUUUCACAGUGAAAAAAAAGAUCCCCGAAUACCAUGUUGUCCAGAUACGGGAAUUUCUCGUUCUUGAGUAUUAGACAUUAACUACUCAAACAGGGUAGAAGAUGACCAGAUGGAUUUUCACUAUCAUCUGAUCUUGAAAGGACAGUUGAUAAUAAUUAUAAGUAUAGUUAUUGCUAGUAUAAUGUACAGUGGUCAUGAGUUUAGGUGACGAGUUCUUAUAUUUAUCUAAUUUCUUAGGUAUUUAUUCUGUUUGGAUUUACUCUAAGUAACUCCAAUAGGCAUCAAUGUUUUUUUCCCCUUUCCAUGUUUCGCCUGGUCAGGUGCUAGCACACUUGUGAUGAUGGCCAGACGAGAACAGAUUCUCCUUUGGGGAACACUUUACUCUCUAUCUGGGUAGGGUGGCUAGUUAAUAUCAAGGGCUUGACUUUGCUGUUCGUGUAACUAAUUCAGACAUGGUCAGUAAUAGCACUGAGUUGCAAAAAACCAGUCUUCUGGUGUUCACUCUCUUCUGGCAUGAGCUGUCUUUGUGGGCUGAUUGCCAUCUUUCCACUUACCUUGCACAUAACUUUACCUUUCCUGAGAUAAAAGUAUCUCCCUAGGAGAGAAGAAACAGGGUACAUGUGGUUUCCACUAAUUAAUGAUCUAGGGACUGUUCUUCCCUAGCUCCUCCUAGGUUAUUUCUUUCAUCAUAUCUCAAAAUGGAAAAUGUAUAAAGGGUUAAAUAUUCAUAGUGGGUCUCUUCUGCCGUAGAAGAUGGGAAGAUACCCUCUUAAGAUAUUUGGGUUGGAGCUCCCGUCAUGGUGCAGUGGUUAACGAAUCCAACUAGGAACCAUGAGGUUGUGGGUUCGGUCCCUGGCCUUGCUCAGUGGGUUAAGGGUCCGGCGUUGCCGUGAGCUGUGG